AUGUUGUUGAUGUGUUGUUUUAUUCAUUUAGAUGACCUGAGCAACAAAGAUGCCAACAGUCAUCAGUUACUAAAGGAAGAACUGAGGCUACUGCCUCUUAGCAGUAAAAUGAACAUGAUAGCAAACCAAAAGGAAGGAGAUGAAAUUCUUGAAGAUGAGGAGUCACCACAGCAACGAAGGAUUACUGUCGCAUCCUACAUUCCCCAGUCAAAGGUUUACUCUGAAGAACAUUCAAAAAAGAAUUCUAACGGGCAAAGUGCCAAAACUCUAGCAGAGCUGAACACAGAAGGGGUCUGCCAGUGGUUUAGUAAUAUUGGUCUACAGAAAUGUCUGCCCUUCAUUAGAGAGGCAGAACUCAGUGGAUCUCACAUCGCCUCCAUUCAUCUCGACACCCUUGAAAUCCUUCAAUUGUCCAACCUGGAGGAGAGAGAGAGAUUGCUUUCUGCCAUCUACAAUGAGCUACACCCACCAAACUUCACCACACAGAGACUCGACGCCCUCCUGGAAAGGUUUGGACCACACAAUGUUGAGAAGUUCACAGCUGCUUUGGUGUCUAUAACCAAGUCAAUAUCCUCUCCUCAUGUUAACAGCAUCAACAUGAACAGAUGCUCAUUAAAACUUAGACAAAAAGAGCAAAGCGCUAAAGUUCAAAAGAACUCGCAUCUUAUGGAAAUUACAAUCAAUGCAUCAGAAGGAAUAGUUCAUCUGCGGACACCCAAAGAGACUAGUGUGGGUAGAGUGAUGGAGUCUUGUCUGAGGAUGCUGGGAAUUAAUGAGAACAAAGAACAUUUUAACCUAAAGAGUAAAGAAGAUGAGUUCUCCCCAGAGCAGCAGAUUGGAGAUUUGCCUGGUUCAGAGACCAGACUAAUGGAGCUUCACUUAUGUAGAAAGGAAGCACGGAAAGAUCCAGAUUCUGCAGAUGCUGUUAUUUGUUCUGCUGAUGGUUUUCAGAACAAGAAUCAAAACAAUGCUGGAAAGAUUCGAGAACUAAACCAACAAGUGGCCUCACUUCAAAACGUCGUAUUACAGGUUCAGGAGAUUUACCAUGGCCUGGUGGCGUUCUGUUCAGAGCUGAAGAAGAUGGAGGGAGAGAUGGAUACCGAACAACUGGACAGCUUGGAACUGAAGAAACGUCUCAGUCAAGCCCAGAACAAUCUGCAGAGUAAAAGACAGAGCCUUCAAAUACUCCGAGAGAAUCUGAUCACUGCACCAUUGGAGAAGAAAAAGCGAGCAGAAGUCCGGCUACUGGAGAAGAUGAGACUGAACGGUCAGGUGUUUAAAGAAGAGAUAACGCUGGUCCAUCUUAAGCGGCAAGUGGCUCACCUGCGUGCAGCUCUAGACAAGAUCCAGUCCAAGGAGAGAGCCGAGCGGAAGAGCAUAUCUCUGACUCAGCUGGUCCCAUUGGAGUCUCCUGUCAUGCUUGUGGCCACCCAGAUGAAAGCAAAGCCAGACGGUCAUUAUGGAUUCACUGCACGCAGAGGGGAGGUACAUAGGGGAGGUCUGAUGGUGGUACAUACUGAGGACGCUCAGCUUUGUUUGAAUGACAGGCUGGUGGAAGUCAAUGGAGUGAGUGUCCUGGGGAGCAGCGAGGAGGAGCUGGAGAUCCUGCUGAAGAUGCCCGUAGCCUACAUCAUUGUUCUGCGCCAACUUCCCCAAGAGACUCCUCAGGAAGAGCCUUCUGACCCCAGACAGACUUGAGCUCUGAGUGAUGACCAGGACCUACAUACAAUUGCUGCGGAAACAUCAUGUAAUGCUACCCAACUAAACACUAUUGCUUUUUAAACAACAACAUACAUACUCUUUUGUCUUUUUAUUAAAUGUGAUAUUUUUCUAUAAUUUAAUAAAUAAAUCGAAAUGUUAAUAAUAAUAAUAAUAAUUAUUAAUAAUAAAAAAUAUGUUUACAAACAACUAAUAAAGACUAAAAAAGCCCAUCACAGCAUAUGUGGUGGAUGGGGGGAUGCGUUAUAAAUGGUAAAGUUAUGGUAAAUAUCUUUAUGACAAUAUGGCUUGUUUUGCAUUCUUUUAAAAGCAGUUUUUUGAUUAUUUAUUAAAUAUAUUGAUUUUUAAUUUUCCUUGUAAGAAAAGAGGUUUUUACAUUUAUAUGUUCUGUGUGUUCUGCAUUGCAACAUCUGGGUCAUUUCAGGGCAGUUUUAUUUGUGUUGGGUGGGUAUGACUUCAUGUUUUUGGUUGAUACUAAUGUAAAAUCCAUCGUUUCAAUUAGUGGGUGGGUCAGUCAAAAACUGCUCAUAAAAUUGGGGAAAAAGGAAUUUUGCAUUUUGAAUGGCAUUCAACUAUGAAGGUCAAAGUAGCUAAAUAAACCAGU